AAUGCUGAACUACAAGUGCCUCAUUGUUUUUUGGGUAUAAACGCGGCUGCGGGAGUCAAUGAGUUAUAGCUGAAUGCAACAAUUUUUUUUAUGGUAGCCUGUGCACUUAUCCCUGUCGCAGAUACUGAACACGUUACACGUAUGAGACAUUUGAUAAACUAUUCAGCCACUGCGGAGAUAUUACUUAAUUUCCCCUCACUCAUGUUUUAGAGCGGCUCAAAAACUUCCGGCUUGCGUCAGACAGUGGAGCAUUGUGGGUAGGCAUUAUUCCAUUUCCAAUAUGGCUGCGUCCACAGUAGGUCGGGUGCUGUCUGGGUGCAAGCACCUUUGGGCAGGGCAAGGGGUGCAGUGGUUAAGGCGACCAGCGGGCAGGACUCUGUGUGGAUACAGCAGUUUAAUUUUCAGUGGCUUGGGAAGAGACCCAUCAGAAAGGCAGUUGCUUCAGCAGUGCACAUCUUUUCACUCAUCUUCAGUACGUAAUGGACUUGAUGAAUUCUUUGAUGAUCCCAAGAACUGGGGAGAAAAAUCUGUAAAAUCUGGUGAUGCUUGGACCGCCAAACAGCUAAGAGGAAAAAGCAAUGAAGAUUUGCACAAACUUUGGUAUGUAUUGCUCAAAGAGAAAAACAUGCUUUUAACUUUGGAACAGGAAUCUAAACGGCAAAGAUUACCAAUGCCAAGUCCAGAGCGUCUUUCCAAGGUGGGAAAAGCAAUGCGGAGAUUAGAUACUGUCAUUACUGAAAGAGAAGAUUCCCUCAGGUUGUUACAGACUGGUCAGGAAAAGCCAAUACCUGGAGACUGGAGAAAAGACUGCUUUGGUGAAACAACAUGGUACAACUACAAAGAGUGGCCGAUGCCUUGGUUCAUGAACAGAGGUUACAAGAAAAAGAAUUUCUUUUCACUACCCUACGUUAAUCAUUUCAUUAGGUUGAAGUUAGAAAAGAAAUUGCGCAGUGCAGCAAGAAGAAAUAAAGCUGAAAAGCAGAAGCAGCUGGACUUGGAAGGAAGGUUCCCUCGUCUAGCUAAUACAUCAAAGUAAUUAUGCAACAUAUAUACCCAAAAUAAAACUUUGUAUUCAAA